AUGAUUAUGAUUAUUAUUAUUCUAUUUAUAAUUACAAAUAAUUGUGAAUCAGUUCAAAAUAAUACAAUUCAUAAUAUGACUAGUGAUUAUAAUACUACUAACAGUAAUACUACUGUUAUAAAUAAUAAUAAUCAUUUAAGUACAGGUGGAUUAAUUGGAAUAAUUAUUGGUUUGGUUAUUAUUACUACAAUAACUAGUGUUAUUAUAUUUUGGUGUAUACGAUUACGUCAUUUAUAUUUAAGUCAACGUCAUACUAAAAUGUAUGAUCCAGAUAUGUUUCAAAAUAGUCAAAUUAAAACGAAUGGAUCAUUAAAUUAUUCUAAUCUAUCACAUCAUCAACAAAUGAAUUCAUAUCAAAAUUCAUUAACUUCUAUAAAUCCUAUACAAAAAUAUUCAAUACCUAUAGGACAAAUAAUUAAUCCUUAUAAUAAACAACGUCAAUUAUUUAAUUCAAAUAUAAAUCAUAUUAAUUCUACAACAGAGAAUUCAUUAAAACAAUUAUCUGGUCAAGUGAAUACUGCAAUGAAUUUAUAUAUUGGAGAACGAUCAAAUUAUAUGAAUAAUUCACAUACUUUACAAUCUCCUAAUUGGACUGAUCAUCAUUACUUCAAUACAAAUCAUUUGAAUGGUUCAAUGUUAUUCGAUGCAACAUCUUCUAAUUUUCAAUCUUAUAAUAAACCUACAACUGAUAUAAUAUUAACAGAGACAUCAACAACAUCACCAAUAAUAAAUGAACCACCUUGUUAUCCAGUUUAUGUUCAUCCAUUACAGUCUACCUUGAAUAAAUAUAAAUCUUCAUCUAGUGAAAAUCUAUCAUCACGACAACAUCAUUCAAGAAUUAAAUCAAUUGCAUUCAUAACUCAAUUAAGUGCAUUUGGUUUAAAGAAUAAACGACGUUUUUCACAAUUAACAACAAAAAAAUUAAAUAAAUUAAAAGAGAAUACUACUAGUUCUAAUGAUAAUUAUUAUAAUAAAUCUGGUCAAUUAAAUCCUUUACCAAUUACAGAAGUAUAUGAAUCAGAAAGUUAUCAUAAUCAAAAUAUGAUAUCGGAUAAUUUUAAUUUUAAUGCAAUGGAAUCAUUUGAUAAUGAUUACUUUUUAUAUAGUUUACAAACAGCUGUAUUCAAUGGUUUCGUUCCAUCGAAUCCAUUAAAUCAACAAUAUACAUAUCAUGAUUAUUACAGAAUGCCAAAUCAUCAGAUAAUACCAACUACAACCGCAAUAACACCAAUACUUCAUGAAAAGUUCAAUCAAUCAUCAUUUGGUGAAGAUUUAAGUUUAGGCAACAAUCAAUCAACAACACCAUCAACUGGAUAUUAUUCAUCGAAUAGAAAUUCUAGAGUAUUUUCACCUGAUUACAAUGAUAAUAAUAACAGUAAUCGUUUUAAAUUUCCCCCACCCGGUCCACCAGUUGCUGGUUGGGUUAACCAAUUCAUUAUCAGAACAAAUACGCUUGAAAAUUCAUUAUCUAAUGUGAAUACAAUAACAUCAUCAACGUCUCCGGUAACAAGUAUAAUAUCGUUAAAUGAAAGGCGAGCACAUCAGUUACAACAACAACAACAACAACAGAAAGACACUUCUUUCUCUUCAUCAUUACAUAAUACAACAAUAACUCAUUCACCAAUCACAGCGAUUGAUAUUAUUGGUUUAUCAAGUUCGAUUACUAUACCAAGUAGAUCUAUUUCAUCUGUACCACCAUCACCACAACACAUUCCAUUUGAUUUUAUUAAUUCUUCUCGUUCAUUGGGUUUAACUUCAUCAAGUGUAAUUCCAAGAAGAAAUUAUUCAAUUACAAACUACCCUAAACAUGAAUUACCAAUAAUAGGAAAAAGAAUAAUCCCUAUUGAAACUGAUAAGUUGCCAGUAUUCACUAAACUUGAUCUUCCAGAACUCCCAAAUGAUUCACUUCCUAUAUUAAAAAAUAAUUUAAUUAAAACUGAAAAUAAUAUAUUGUUACAUAAUUCAAAAGAUAAUAAUAAUCAUAAUGAUAAUACUACUGAUAAACAGAAUCAUAAUAUUUCUCAACAAUUUUUAACUCCAUUAAAUUAUUCUGAUACUCAACAUAGUGAUAGUGGUUAUAAUGAUUCAUUAAUUAUUCCUGAUCAUAAAUCAUUAUUAUUAUUAUCUUCAUCAUCAUCUACAUCAUCAUCUAUCAUUCAUUCAAUUGAUUAUCAAUCACCAACAAAUUUAUCACCUAAUGAUGAUCAACAUAAUAUAUCGAUUAAUUUAUUAAAUAAUACUAUUAAUCAUUCAACUGAAUGUAAUUCAAUUACAUCAACUAUAACAACUACAUCAACAAUGAAUUCAAUCUUUUCUGAUACAAUUAAUAUGAUCCAUAAUUAUUCAGUUAUUGAUAAACAUAUACCAAAUAAUGUUAAUAAUAAUGAUAAUGAUAAAAGUAAUCAAUAUGUUUAUUGUAAAUUAGAACUUCCUUUAUCUGUUACACAAUCUAUACCUGUAUCAUUAUCUUCAGUCAUAGCAACAAUAUCAUCACCAUCAUCAAAAAGAUCAUCAACUAGUUCACGAAGUACUGAACCAAGUUCUGCAAAUAGUACUACUGUUAUAUUACAUCAAAAUAUAGAUGUAAAUCGAAAAUUAUCCUAUCCAACUAUGAAUAGUUUCAAUAAUACUAAUCGUAGUCAAACUAUUUUCCGUUCUCCAAGUGAUCCAGAUGUAUUUUUUUCAUUUUGUGAAGAAUCAAUAAAUAAAUCAACAUUAACACAACAACUUCCUUCUUCUCAUUCACCUAAUCAUCAUCAUCAUCAACAACAACAACAACAUCCUACUAGUGUUCCAUUAUCACGUACAAAUUUUACAUCGAAUAAUAUGAUGAAAUUAAUGAUGAUGAGUACAUUAUCUGAUUCAUUUAAAUAUCAUCUUACAAGACAAAAAUCUGAAAGUCAAUUACUUACAGAUCGUCAUGAUUCAUUUGAUGAAAUUUCAUGGGAUUUACAACCAACUCCAUUAUAUUAA